ACUUCCGUUUCCGUUGACGGUGACGUCAGGGCCUCCCGGGGGCCCGACAUCUUUGUUGGGGGCGUCGUCGAUGGAGUUCCCGGGCAGUGCCGACACCUUCCUGACCAUCAGUGACUCCAGCCACCCUUUCCUGAGCGGUGCGGAGACCUUCCACACACCCAGCCUCGGGGAUGAAGAAUUCGAGAUCCCCCCCAUCUCGUUGCCCCUGGAAACAGACCCGGAUGUAGCCUGCCACUUUGACCUCAAUGACCCCGCCAGCUCCCAGGACAAUGGCUUCUCCACCCAGUUCAGCUCUGCGCCCCUGGAGCUGUCACUCCCCUUGUCCCAGGGGGUGAUGGAGCAGGGGUCCAGCCUGAUGGGAAGCCUGAACAUGGACCUGGGACAGGCGGUGGGGACACAGUUCGGGACGGACGCGGCCCUGACCCCCGGCGUGUCUGUGGUCACCCACAACCCGCUGACCACCAUCGACCAGUCGGAGCUCAGCAGUCAGCUGGGCCUCAGCCUGGGGGGGCCGGAGAUCCUGAGCCCAGCCCCCGCCCCCGGGGACAGGGGCUCCCCCACCCCCUCCCCGGCCAGCUCCACCCACGAAGAGGAGGGCGAGGACUUCCGCAGGGUGCCCGCGGAGAGACCCCCCCUGCCCGAGGGGGGCCGAAAGGGGAAGGGAAAGCGGCGGCGGAGGAAGGACCCGAACGAGCCGCAGAAGCCGGUCUCGGCCUAUGCCCUCUUCUUCCGCGACACCCAGGCCGCCAUCAAGGGGCAGAACCCCAGCGCCACCUUCGGCGAGGUCUCCAAGAUCGUGGCCUCCAUGUGGGACAGCCUGGGCGAGGAGCAGAAACAGAUCUACAAACGGAAAACAGAGGCAGCAAAGAAGGAAUAUCUCAAGGCACUGGCGUCAUACAGGGCUGGGCUGGAGUCCAAGACGGCAGCAGACUCCAGCGACGCAGAGACACUGCAGGCAGGGGAGGAGACCCUGCCACCCCCAGCACCCCUGCUGGUGACCCCCCCCUCCAGCUCUCCCCCUGCCCCCGGACCCCGGGGGGGGCCGGCCCCCAGCUGCCAGGUGACGGCGGUGGGCCAGGGGCUGGUGACGGUGCUGACCCCCGCCCCACAGCUCCUGCAGCUGCAGCUGCCCCUGCCCGCCGGGCCUCGGCUGCAGCGGCUGCAGCGGCUGCAGGCGCCCCCCCCACUGCAGCCCAUGCCCCCACCCCCACUCCAGGCCGUGCCCCCCCGCCCGCCACCCCUGCAGGCCGCUGCCCAGCCCCCUCCGCCCUGCCCCCCAGCCCCCGCCUCCGCCCCCCUGCAGGUCCAGAUCAUUCAGCUGCAGCCGCUGGCCCCCCCUGCCCCACUGCCCCCUCCCGCCACCACCGCCCACCAGCGCAGCUCCGAGACUGCUGCCCUGUCCAGCACUGCAGCCCCUCGCGAGCAGGCGGAGGUCCAGGUGCGGUCACCCCCGCAGGCCCAGGUGGAGUUGGUGACCAGCUCGCCCCCCCCGCUGACGGCCCCCACCCCGGGCUCGCCGGUGUGUGUGCGCAGUGGCUGCAGCAACUGCCCCGUGCCCAGCACUGACUGGGACAACGAGUAUUGCAGCAGCGAGUGUGUGGUGAAGCAUUGCAGGUGA